AUGUCGAAAGAAACAGCGUCUAUGAGAGAAAUACAACACAACCGACAACUCAUUAUACAAGCUCUAAAUAAGAACACAACAAACUUUUCAAACUAUUCUAAGAUAUCUGAGUCAUUGAAAGAAGGAAACUUAAAACUGACAAUGAACCCAAUGACAGAUGAGUUUCUGUUUCAAGACAAUAGGAACCAUACUGUCUGUGUAAAUCCAACAAAAGGAACUUUAAACGAGAAACCUAUAAAAGAACUUCUUUUGAAAGCAGAUGUUGACAACAAAGCUGACAAAGAGUAUGUCAUUGAAAAAGUUCAAGAAGAACAUGACAGAGCAGAUGCAACAUAUGCAACAAAAGCAGAUGUUGACAACAAAGCUGACAAAGAGUAUGUCAUUGAAAAAGUUCAAGAAGAACAUGACAGAGCAGAUGCAACAUAUGCAACAAAAGAACAUACUCAUCCUGAACUAGCAGACAAAACAUAUGUUGACAAUAAAAUGUCAAGUGAAGUGACAAGAGCUGAAAACGAAUAUUCUAAAAAGACUCAUACACAUACCAUUGCAAAUAUUACAAACUUACAAGAAACCUUAAACAGGAAAAGUGACGUUGGACAUACACAUACCAUUGCAAAUAUUACAAACUUA